AUGGCAUUUAUCAAUCAGGGUCGAUUAUUGCAAUCAGGAACCAGAAGUGAUGGCCCGUAUAUGAGAAACUUCAAAGUUGAUGGUAGCAGAACAGACAGUGAUGCAAUGGCAGUUCAGUCAUCACAUUUCGAACGUUUCAUGCAUUUUGCAACAAGUUCAAACAUCGAGGACAGACAGUUGGCAGUGAAGAGUGUUGCGGAGACGAUGCGUACAUUAGAUAUUGAUGCGGAUCAGUAUCGUCUCGAGCGAUUUGGUGGUAUGGUGGAAAGUAUUUUUGAAACUGAUGAAGAUUCACAACUACGUUGCAUUCUUCUAGAGCAAAUGCCGGCGAUAUAUUCUGAAUUCGCGAAUGCUGGUUUGAUGGGUAGUCGUACUCAAGAAGUUUUUUUGAAAAUUAUAAUCGAGUCACUCGUACAUUUCUCGGAUCAGAUUGUGGUCAAUCCACUUGCUGCUGCUCCUAUGUUCAUGGGAAUGAUGAUGAUAUUUGCCGACGGCAUCAUCAGCACCACUCACGCGUUAUGA